UAAACAGUAUUUAAGUGGCUACGGUCCGUUUGAUCUAUUUCACACUCAGUUGGUUUAUACAACAGAUACAGAUGUAUUAUAGCCUCAAGCGAGACAUUUAAUAGAAAGUUAGAUUGUUUUUGAAAUUGUGCAUCAUUUUUCUGUGACUUCAGCAUUAAAAAGCUAGAAAUAAGAAAUAACAAGAAAAAAGUCGAGAUAUUUCUACAUAUUCCUGAAAUGAAGAAAAGAAGAAGAUAUAUUUAGCAAGCUUAAAAUAUUAAAACUAUAAAUUCUAAACAGAAUUAAUGGAAAGCUCUUGUUUGAGGAAAAAUAGCUUGAAUGGGAUAAUUCAGUGAAAGUGAUACUGAGCUCGCUGCUGUCACCUCUAGAUUAUUUAAUGACCAAGAAGUAUAGCCUGUUUCAGAAACAUUCAUUCUUCAAAAACAUGUUUUCCAUGAUGAAGAGGAAGACAACUUAAAAAUCUGUGACAUUUGAAUUUUCAUUAGCAGUGGUCUGAAAACCUGAAAGUGGCAAAAGACAUUGUGUAAACAGACUGUGGAUGACGGAACCUCAGAGAUGGAUCCCAUUUUUUAAAAAAUCAUUCAAAGAUGAAAACUCAGCUUUGACUGAUUUGUUGAAAGUAUUCUUCUUAAAAUUUCCAAAAACAUCACAUCGAUAGAGGAUAAAUCAGGAGACGGUAGUAUCUAGAUAAUUAUUCAGAAUGCCUAGAAAUGUGGGACUGAGAAAAGACCUGGUUGGAACUGCAGAGUUAGAAGAGGAGACUGAUUAUGGAAUUACAGAACAGGAUCCUUUCCUGGUUUCAGGAAAAGUUGACAUAAUUUUAGACGGAGAUCAAAAUUCAGAUAUUAAACCAGAUGUAAAACCAGUAGAAUACGAAUUAGAGAGUGAUGUAACUGACUCUAAAGCUAAACUUUGUCGAAAGUCUAUACGUGUAGCUGACUAUGAUUAUAUUCACCAAAACAUGUUUCCUCUUGUAAAACAAGGUAGGGUCUCCUCACUGGACACAUUAAUUCAUGAGGAGUCAGUUGAGGAUGUAUUUACAGAUGAUACAUCUUCAGCUCUUGACAGAAAGAAAGAAAAUGGAAAGUCUGGUAAAACUUUUAAAGCAGUAGGUAGAGCUGUCAGGUUUCUUGGCUCAUUAACCAGCUUAGAGAUGGCAGAUAAUAAUGUUGAUAUGACUGAUGCUUCAAUGUGUAACACAGACAGUUUUGAAAACAAAACUUUUGGAGGGAAUGAUUUGGAAAGAGAACAAAAGUCAGUAAAAGAUAUUUAUAGAAGAAGUGAUUCAAUUGUGAAAAAGCAUGCUUCUGUUCUUGGUGAAAUCAAGUCACAAGUGAAAGCUGUUAAAAAGGAACAAAUUGAAUCAGAAAAGGCUCAUAAAAGACGGUUUCGUGACGUUUUAAAUCAGUUAAAGUCUUAUAGCUUGGAACUGGAUGAAGAGACAAGAUGGAUUCGUGGACAUAUCAAGAGAAGAGAAUGUUCACAUUUUAUACCAGAAGAAGACAAAAGUAAUGGAAAUUGCAAAUGUGGCUAUCCGUCUUGUCAGCACAUCCCAGGUACCCAGAAAAACCAUUCAGAUGGAGAAAAGUGGAAUUAUAAGGAGCAUUCAAUUCAGAAAACAACAAAUGCAUUUGGAGACAUUGAAUUUGUUGGGUAUGGUGGAAAUGUUGGAAAGUAUAUACGGGUAGAUGUGGAUACAAAAAUGACGGACAUGUUAGAUCUCAUGAUGAAGGUGUGGGGCCUUGACAAGCCAAAUCUGCUUAUCUCAGUGACAGGAGGUGCCAAAAACUUUCAGAUGAACAAGCGACUGAAAGAGACCUUCAGACGUGGUUUGAUGAAAACUGCUUUAACUACAGGAGCUUGGAUUGUAACAGGAGGGACACAUGCUGGUGUAAUGAAACAUGUCGGAGAAGCCGUGAAAGAUUUUGGAGUAGCAUCUACAUCAAAGAACCCUGUUAUAUCUAUUGGUAUAGCCCCAUGGGGCUGUAUUCAAAACAAGAAAGCUCUUAUUGAUGAUCAGUGUACAGGUCUGUGGCCAGCAAACUACAGAAUUGAGAAGGAACAGAGACCUAAAGAGAGUUUUCUAGAUCCAAACCACACACACUUUAUUCUUGUUGACAAUGCAACUGAACACAAGUUUGCUGUAGAGAUUCCGUUCCGGGCCAAACUAGAAAACGAAAUUGCCAAAAUACGAACAGACACAGGAGAUAAUGCAGUAUCAGUGCCUAUAGUACUGCUUGUGUUGGAGGGAGGGCCAGGAACCCUGGAGACAGUACACCAAGCUAUAAAGAAUAAUACGCCUUCAGUUGUAGUGAAGGGGUCAGGAAGGGCAGCUGAUAUUCUUGCAUAUGCUUACCAGAAUUCAAAAGAAGAGGAAAUUGCAGGAAAUGAUCAAGAGGGAAAGCAACAGAAAAAGUCUCGUAGAUUUAUGGAUGACUCCCUUUUGGUUGAAGUAGGAAACAUGGUGGAACGAGAGUUCAGGAAUGAUGUAGACACUCAUGUUCAAAGAAUUAAAGACUGUCUGGAGAAAUGUGACCUUAUGUCAGUGUUUGAACUAGAUAACAAGUCAGGAGUUAAGGAAAUUGAUGUGGCUAUGUUACAGGCACUACUUAAAGCCAAUAAGAAUCAGGUGUUUGAUCAGUUACGUCUUGCCUUAGCCUGGAAUAGAAUAGAUGUGGCAAAAAGUGACAUCUUCACUGAUGAUAAAAGAUGGCCGACAGGAAGUUUGGAUGAUGUAAUGUUUUCUGCUAUAUUUCAGACAGGAAGUUUGGAUGAUGUUAUGUUUUCUGCUAUAUUUCAGACAGGAAGUUUGGAUGAUGUUAUGUUUUCUGCUAUAUUUCAGACAGGAAGUUUGGAUGAUGUAAUGUUUUCUGCUAUAUUUCAGACAGGAAACAGGAAGUUUGGAGAUGUAAUGUUUUCUGCUAUAUUUCAGACAGGAAGUUUGGAUGAUACAAGGACUUUGCUGGACAGGGUAAAAAUCAAAGAGGACAGUCAUAGGAAGAAUUUCUCACUGUUAGAUGUGGGUAUUUUGAUCCAAAAUCUGAUGGGUGAUUCAUUCCGUCCAAUUUACACAACAAAACAAGAGUAUGCCUUGCUAGAUGUUGACCAUCUUCUCGAUGGUUUAACCAUGAAGCAAGCAAAAGAGGGUGGCAUCUCUGGACUGAAGGCAAUCACACAAGUUGCCAUGAACCCUGCUAGCAAUACUGAUGAACUUGAUGGUUCUGGAAACCGUAAACAACAACAACAACAGCAUUCUGACUUUGAAAAUCCAUCACAGGAACUGUUUAUAUGGUCUGUGCUUAUGAUCAGGCAAGACAUGGCUAAAUUGUUCUGGGCUGAAGGAAAGGAUGCUAUUGCAGCAGCGUUGGUGGCAAACAGUGUACUACAGGCUAUGAAAGAUAAAACAGAAGACACAGAAUUGGUCAUCAAAAUUCAGCAUGAUAUUGAUGAAUGGUCAGAGCUGGCAGUAGGUGUUUUGAGUGAGUGUUACUCAACAGAUGAGCACAAGGCCCAGGAUCUGUUGGUACGCGAGCUGAGUAACUGGGGCGAUACAACAUGUAUGCUGAUAGCUGUUAAGGCAGAUAAUAAAGAUUUCAUCUCACAAACAGCUUGUCAGUCAUUACUGAACAGUAUAUGGAUGGGAAAAUUAGCUCAAGAUAAUUCAUCAUGGCGGCUGAUGAUGUGUGUACUGUUUCCUCCAUUAGCUUUGGUUCUUCUUAACUUUCAAUGCAAACCUUGCGAACAAACAAACAACAAUUUACAGAGUCAGGUUUAUGAACUAGAUAAUCCCAAAGUGGAUGAGCAGGGAAAACCAAAACUAAUAAGACGACAAACUACAUUCAUGAAAAACGCUGUAAAAGGAAGCAAAGUAUCAUUGCGAGGGACAGGAGAGUCUACAGAGAGUGAAGAACCCAUACAUAAAAAGAUGUUGACUGUACGGGACAAAAUCUACUACUUCUUCAAUGCUCCAGUGGUCAUCUUUAUGAACAAUGUGUUGUCAUAUAUUGUGUUUCUCGGGCUGUUCACGUAUGUUUUGAUUUUCAACUUCAAUCCAAAUGUAUCAGCUGCAGAAAUUGUACUCAUGAUCUGGGUGUUCACGAUAUUCUCUGAAGAGAUUCGCCAGAUUUCAAGGGACAUAAUAUCACACAAUAGUAAACAGGUUGCUACAACAGCAUCAAAUUCCUUAGCUGCCAAACUACAAAGUUACAUCACAGAUACGUGGAACAUUGUUGACAUUAUAACAAUAGGAUUGUUUAUAGUUGGAAUGAUUCUCCGCUUUCUGCCUGGUGCAGACACUUUUGAAGCAGCGCGUGUGUUCCUUGCACUGAAUUUUGUUUCAUUUUUUCUCCGUCUGCUGCAUAUAUUCUCUGUUCAUAAGGAGCUUGGGCCAAAGCUUGUGAUGAUUGGUCGAAUGGUACAAGAUUUGAUGUAUUUCCUAGUUAUUCUGAUGGUGUUUGUGGUAUCGUAUGCUAUUGCUUCACAUUCCAUUCUCUUCCCUAACUCUCCAUUGAGAUGGAGCACAACAAUAGAUGUUAUAAGAAAGUCAUACUGGAACAUCUAUGGUGAACUCUUCCUGGAGGAAAUUGAAGGAUCUCCAGAUUGUACAUAUGAUGAAAUGUUGUGGAUAAAUGGCACUCAACCACGCUGUCCAACAGACACAGGGAAGGUUGUUGUACCAAUUCUGAUGGGUGUGUACAUGCUCCUGGCUAAUGUUCUACUCCUCAACCUGCUGAUUGCAAUGUUCAGUUACACGUUUACUUUGGUACAGGACAAUACAGACAAGCAUUGGUUUUUCCAGCGUUAUUCUUUGAUAUACGAGUAUUACACUCGACCUGUGCUGUGCCCGCCUCUCAUAUUUUUCUCCCACAUAUAUCUGCUUAUUAAGUUUGUAUUGUCUUGCUGCUGCUGUGGAAAAUCUACCUCAAAUUCAAGCGAUAAUGAGGAUGAUUUCCGCCGUAAGUUCAAGAAUGAACGCGAGUUGGUACAAUGGGAAAAUGUGAUAGCCGAUGCAUUUCAUCAGAAAACAGAACUCAAAGACUUUGAAAGUAUGGAAUAUAAAGUGAAUGAUACAAAUAUACUCCUAAGAGAGCUCACCAAUCGUAUAGAUGAUCUACAGGAACAGCAGCAGCAGUUGUCCCAGGCAGACAAUGUACAACAAGUGACGCCUAUUACACCUGUAUCACCAUCUAGUGUGAUUGUGAAAAUGCCACCCAAACUUGAGACAAGAUUAGAAUCUCUGGAAAAAAGUAUGGAGAUGACCCAUGACUCUCUAAAAUGGAUUAUGAAGGUGCUUCAUGAGGGAAGAGUUGCCAGUGAUGCUAGUGUUCCACCCACGCUGUAUAAUUGGGAAGAACAGAGAUUAGAAGGAUCAAGAAAAUCUCGCAAGAAGAAAAGGCAGCUGGAAUUGAAGGCUGGAGAAGAGAGAACCAAAGUUCGAGAAAUGUUACUCCGAGGGAUAAACUGCCAUUUUAGAUCACGUACAUCACCGUAUCUUGCGUCAGAUAUCACAAGAUUCCCUGUACCAGAUGACAAAGUGUCUUGGGACGUUGAGUACCCAGAAUAUUCUCCUAGUGCCUAUACAGCCCCAGCACUUCUACAACAUCCACCACCAGAAUGGGCUGAUGAGGAUAUAUUUCAUUUGACACCACAACAACGUGCAAGCACUAUUACUUCCUUCAACGGUGUUGAUGGUGUGAAUCAAGUCAACAGAUUAAGUUUUCUUGGUGAAUACGUUGUACAGGAUGGAUUACCACUGAACCCGAAAGGUCGCACAGGUCUGCAGAGUCGUGGUCUUCUAGGCAGAUGGGGUCCCAACCAUGCUGGGGAUCCAGUUGUUACAAGAUGGAAGAAAUCAGCAGACGGCACUAAGGUGAUGAAGGAGGGCAAGCCAGUGUUGGAGUUUGUAGCUGUGCUGCGUUCAGAUAACCAGAUGUGGGCUCUGCCAGGGGCCAUAUUACCACUAGGGUCUAAACCAGCUGAUCAUUUGGAGGCUGAUUUUACUGAUGAAGCCUUAGGAAGACUGGGAGAGAUGAGUGAUGAGAAGACAAUAAGGAAAAAACUGAAGAAAUUAUGGAAAAAGGGAGUGAAAAUAUAUGAAGGUUAUGCUGAUGACCCACGGAAUACAGACAAUGCUUGGCUUGAAACAACGGCUUUAAGUUACCAUGAUGAAGACGGAUCAAUAUUUAAUCAAUGCAACCUACGUGCAGGUGAAAAGGCGGAGUUAGUAACCUGGUUGACUGGUUCACACAAAGUAACUUUGCAUGGCUCACAUUUGUAUCUUGUAAAGCUGGCUGCAGAAAGACUCGGGGCUUAUUUUUAAACAUGGACACCUUAAAUACUGCAAAACUCUUCAGACAUAUGGUCACUUUGCACAAAAAUUGGAAAAUUUGUUCUAUAAUUAUGUCAGUUCAGUUAUCCACCUUUUUGUGCCAAGGUGAAAAUGUUUUAUGUAAUAUAGGGUAAAACAUUGACAGUUGAAGUGAACUGAAGCAACACGACACCAUUUUUAUAUAUAAACACAAAUCAAAACGUAAUAAUUAUGACCAAAGACAUUGUUGUAGGCGACACACUGUGAAAUCAUUUAUAUUUGUAAGGGACUUAUUUUCUUGGUUUAGCCGAUCCAUGAACUUAAAUCCCAAGAAACAAGUAAAAUUUCUGUUCAUUCUAUCCAUAAAUUCAUAUCCCCACAAAGUAACUGUUUUGUCAGAACCAUGACAUUUCAUGCACAUAAAAUUAAAUGAUUUCACAGUAUGUUGUGCUUAAAGUUGUAUAAAAGUAUCUGUGAUAUUGUCAUGUCAGAUAUGCAGUUAUGUUUAAUGCAAUGUAAGAUAUUCAUUUAAUUAAUGUCAUGUCAGAUAUGAAAUUGUGUUUAAUGUCAGGUCAGAUAUGAAAUUAUGUUUAAUGUUCUGUCAGAUAUGAAAUUGUGUUUAAUGUCAAGUCAGAUAUGAAAUUGUGUUUAAUGUCAGGUCAGAUAUGAAAUAAUGUUUAAUGUUCUGUCAGAUAUGAAAUUGUGUUUAAUGUCAGGUCAGAUAUGAAAUUGUGUUUAAUGUCAGGUCAGACAUGAAAUUAUGUUUAAUGUUCUGUCAGAUAUGAAAUUGUGUUUAAAUGUCAGGUCAGUUUUGAAAUUGUGUUUAAUGUCAGGUCAGAUAUGAAAUUAUGUUUAAUGUUCUGCCAGAUAGGACAUUGUGUUUAAUGUCAGGUCAGAUAUGAAAUUGUGUUUAAUGUCAGGUCAGAUAUGAAAUUAUGUUUAAUGUUCUGUCAGAUAUGACAUUGUGUUUAAUGUCAGGUCAGAUAUGAAAUUAUGUUUAAUCUUUAAUGUCAGGUCAGAUAUGAAACUAUGUUUAAUGUUCUGUCAGAUGUGAAAUUAUGUUUAAUGUUAUAUCAGAUAUGCAAUUAUUUUUAGUGUCAUGUCAGAUAUGCAGUUAUAUUUAUAAAGUAAUCUCUGAUACAUUCUUGUCAGAUAUGCAGUGAAUUGUAAUGUCAUCUGUGAUAUUGUCAUUUUAGAUAUAGGGUUGUAUUUAAUGUCAUGUCAGAUAUGCAUUUACUAUGUAUGUGUCAUAUCAGAAAGAUGCAGUUUCAUAUAAAAAAAUAAAAUUAAAACAUAAUA